AUGGCUUUGCUUCAAGCACCGGACGAAUUUGACAUUCUUUCAGGCGACGAAUUUGUGAUUUUAACGGGAAAUGAUGAUGUUUCUUCGCCACCAUUUAAAAAACAUAAACGAGUACACUGGUCCCAGGAUCUUGUGGAGAUAAUUUACUUUGUACCUACGCAAAGCAACCCAGUAUUACCUCCGUUUUCAGAAUACUACGGCAGCCCAAAGUUCAGGAGAAAGAAAAAACAGGAAACCGCGAAUUCAUUGACGCGAAGCGCGGGGCAAAUUAGCACGGUCAUGGUUAUGCGAGGGCUUCAGUUCAUAACGAGACAACUGAACGAUUUGUCCGUGGGAAGCAGCUUAUCCGAUGAUCGCUCUCGGAAAUGGGAUGAUCUGCUACAGCUUUACAUGAUAAGAGAAAGACUUAAGGACGAGAAAGACGACUGGGUGUAG